AUGGCGACCUUACUGAAGUAUUGCGGUACUAUAACUAAUGUCAUACAUUCCCGUAACGCUACGGUGCUCAGCCCCUCUAGAAAACGCAAAAUGCCACUCCUUACGGGACCAGAACGUGAACAGAUGCUUCCUCCUUUACUAAACAUCCACCAUUGGGAGCUGUGCCAACAUAGUUCUAGAGAGGCCAUACGACGCUCUUUUCUGUUUAAAGACUUUGAUGUAGCAUUUGACUUCAUGAAGAAGAUAGCAGAAAAAUCCAAAGUUAUGAAUCACCAUCCUGAAUGGUUUAAUGUGUAUAAUAAGGUGGACAUACUACUCACUUCACAUGAUGCAGGAGGUCUUUCACGUCGAGAUAUUGAUCUUGCCAAUUUCAUCAAUGAUGCCGCGUUUGAAUACCAAGCAAAAUAA